UUUUCUCUCUUCUACUGCCGCUGCCGCUGGUUGUAUAUGUGUGUGCUUUUUCUGCGUGUGGUUGUUCCACAGCACUGUAAACGCCUUCAGCAUAUUACAUGAAGCACAACACACCGAUGAUUCGCAUAUAAAUUCCAAGUUCGUCGGCUGUCCGCGGGAGAAGAACCCGUCAAGAUCUCGGUAUGGCGAUGGGUCGAAGCUCGAUGCUGCUCGCAGUAAUUGCUGCAACCAUUAUAGGAGUGACCGUGGGUGACACGGGAGUGCCGUACAGCGGUUACCGACUGCCCAAAUCGAUCACUCCCGAGCAUUACAAUCUGCGCGUCUACACACAUCUUGGCGAUGAGCGAGGUUUCAUAUUUUACGGCCAAGUGGCGAUGCGGCUCAUUUGCCACGAGGAUACGGAGAAUAUAGUGCUGCACUCGAAAAACCUAACGCUUCCCGAGCAGCGCAUCUCGUUGCGCGAACUGGGCUCGGCCGGCCAGCAGAACGGCUCCGCCAUAGCGAUCAAGAGCGUGCAGUACGCCAAGGAGCAUGACUUUGUGAUACUGAACGUGGCCACCGUGCUGCGCAAGGGGAACCGCUACGAGCUGGUCGUGCCGUUCGAGAGCGCCCUCGGCACCGGCCUGCUCGGCUACUACCGCAGCAGCUACGUCGACAAGGCGAGCAAGCAGAAGAUCUGGCUGGCGGUGACACAGUUCGAGCCGACGUACGCCCGCCAAGCGUUCCCGUGCUUCGACGAGCCGGAAAUGAAGGCCACCUUCGACAUCGCGCUAGCGCACGACGAGCGGUACGUCGCGCUCAGCAACAUGCCGGUGAACAGCAGCGCCCCGGUGGACGGUAUGCCGGGCUGGGUGAUGGACGUGUUCGGCACCACCGUGCCGAUGUCGACCUACCUCGUCGCGUACACGGUGAACGAUUUCGAGUACCGGGAAGCGAUGGCGGCGGAGGAGGGCGACGUGCUGUUCAAAAUCUGGGCCCGGCGCGACGCGAUCGAGCAGGUGGACUAUGCGCGCGAGAUCGGCCCGAAGGUAACGCGCUUCUACGAGGACUACUUUCAGCAGAAGUUCCCGCUGCCCAAGAUCGACAUGAUCGCGAUACCGGACUUUGCGUCCGGUGCGAUGGAAAACUGGGGCCUCAUCACGUACCGCGAGACGGCCCUGCUCUACCAUCCGAACGUGUCGACGGCGAGCAACAAGCACCGCGUUGCGUCGGUCAUUGCGCACGAGCUGGCGCACCAGUGGUUCGGCAAUCUCGUCACCAUGCGCUGGUGGACCGACCUGUGGCUGAACGAAGGCUUCGCGACGUACGUCGCCAGCCUCGGCGUCGACUACCUGCACCCCGAGUGGCACUCGCUCGAGGAGGAGUCGGUCUCGAACACGCUGGACAUUUUCAAGUUCGAUGCGCUGCAGUCCAGCCACCCGAUCUCGGUGGAGAUCGGCCACCCGAACCAGAUAUCGCAAAUCUUCGACGCGAUCUCGUACGAGAAGGGCUCGAUCGUGAUACGCAUGAUGCACCUGUUCCUGGACGAGGAAACGUUCCGCGACGGCGUCGGCCGGUACCUGCGCCGGCACGCGUACGGCAACGCGGAGCAGGACAACCUGUGGGCGGCCCUGACCGAGGAGGCGCACGCGAACGGCGUACUGCCCGACCACAUCGACGUGAAGAAGGUGAUGGACUCGUGGACGCUGCAGACGGGCUACCCGAUCAUCACCGUGACGCGCAACUACGACGCCAACACGGCGCAGGUAACGCAAACGCGCUUCAUCUCCUCCGACGUGCGGCCGGACAGCAACGUGACCGACUACUGCUGGUGGAUACCGUUGACCUACACCACCGCGAAGCAGCUCGACUUUAACGACACGCUGCCGAAAGCGUGGAUGGCGUGCAGCGGCGAGCCGAAGGGCUCGCACCAGCAGGAAGCGAAGCUGCUGGAGGAUCUGCCCGAUGCCGACCAGUGGGUCAUCUUCAACGUGGAGCUGGCCGGGCUGUACAAGGUGCGGUACGAUCGGCGCAACUAUCAGCUGAUCAUUGCGCAGCUGAACGGGCCCAGGUUCGGCGAGAUCGGGCUGCUGAACCGCGCGCAGCUGAUCGAUGACGCGAUGGAUCUGGCCUGGACGGGGCAGCAGAACUACGGCAUCGCGUUCGCGAUGCUGAACUACCUGCGGCAGGAGACGCAAUACAUCCCGUGGAAGUCCGCACUGACCAACCUGAACAACAUCAACCGCAUCCUGAAGCGCACCCCACUGUACGGCGUGUUCCGGAGCUACGUGCAGUACAUCCUCGAGCCGAUCUACGAGCAGCUGGACAUCUUCAACGGCAGCCGGGCGACGACCGAACGGCUGGACGGGAUCAAGCAGAUCACGCUGAUCGCUUCCUGGGCCUGCCGGUUCGAGGUCGGCGACUGCGUCAACCGGUCGGUCGAGCUGUUCGCCCGCUGGAUGAACGAGAGCAGCCCGGACACGGACAACCCGGUGCCGGUCAACCUCCGCCCGGUGGUGUACUGCAACGCGAUCCGCCGGGGCGACGAGGCGCAGUGGCACUUCCUCUGGCUGCGCUACCUGCAGAGCAACGUCGGGGCGGAAAAGAUCAUGAUCAUCGGUUCGCUGGCGUGCACGCGCGAGGUGCGGCUCGUCGAGCGCUUCCUGCAGUGGUCGCUCAACAGCACGUCGGGCGUGCGCAAGCAGGACGCCACGAUUCUGUUCAGCGGCGUGUCGCGCAACGAUGCCGGGUUCGCUGCCGCCAAAAAGUUCUUCCUCGAGCGGGCCGACGACAUAUACAACUACCUGAGCCCGGACACGUCGCGACUGUCGCGCUACAUCAAACCGCUCGCGGAGCAAAUGUUUUCCAGCGAGGAGCUGCAGGAACUGACCGAUCUGAUCGAACAGAAGGCACCGAUCUUCGAAAAGGCCAACCAGGGCGUCAAACAGGCGCUGGAAACGGCCCAAACGAACAACCGGUGGUCGAAAGUGAACAUUGACAAGAUGGAACGCCUAUUGCCAAUGCUUACUACCCGGUCCGUUUCAGUGUUAAGUUUAAUCGACGACCUGUAGAAAGGGGCCCGCCUGGGUGGACGGUGCGCCGAUACAUUUCCGUAGGCGCCCUCCCCUGAAGUGUAGUACUUAAAGCAUACCCCGUUUACCUUCAGUCCCAUCGGCAGUACAAUUACACAGUCCUGCCGCAAGCAUUCCUCUACAAUGGAGAGGGAGUUAAAAUAUAAAAAAAAACACACGCACAUGCUCGGUAGAUAGUUAAGAAGUUGUUACUUUAAAUAUUUUCCUGACUAUACCGUCCAGCCUAGGGAGUAGCUGUAGCACGGUCCUCAUUUUUUUAUAGAAAUAAAACUAAAACAUUCACAAACACACA